UGCCAGUGUUCUAAUCAACAGAACAAAAUCCAACCAAAGAUUUGGGUACUCUAGGACCGACUAAGAGUUAUCAACGGUUCGCUGAAGUGUUGUCAUUCGUUUAGCUCAGUUGAACAGGGAAAUACCGGCUGAUCUGAUAAGAAUUUGUCCAAAUUGGUCGAUAAUUUAUCGAGCAGGUACGAUGUGGAAUUUGGUGAGAAUCAGAAGGCYACAGCGAGCUUUGUUGGUAACUGCAUUCCUUUCUUUCCUCGUCUUUCUUUACGGACAAAUGGGCAUUCAUUCUAGCAACAAAAACCAAAAUUGGAAUACUGUGCUAGACCAUAAAAGACAUCUAAAUAAAGGAGGUUUCUCGCAGAAGAAAUAUAAACAUKCUGAGGAUGCUGGAGUACCACAUGGAAAGGUUAACAUGGAUAUUUGGAGAGAUAUGUGUACGUUGAGUUUUAACAGCUUGAGACAGCAUCCUUUCUUUCCUUGUCAUCCAACGGUUCACUCGUACUUGGAGAUUGCAGACGCAUUGAAGAUUAUUGUGGAAGGGAGUUCGUUUGGAUUAAGAGUCAUGGGAUAUCUCCAUCCUCCUGUAUCUGGAUAUUAUUCUUUUUAUUUGGAUUCUUACUUCAUGGCCCAGUUUUGGCUUAGCACAAACGGCCCAGACAACGCUACUAAACUAGCCUACACCACACGCAACAAGAUCGGUGAAUUAGUUCACUUCGUUGGAAACUCUUCCUUGCACAAAUCUAAAAGGAUAUUCCUUAAACAUGACAAGAAAUACUAUUUUGAGAUUUUAAAGGUUUUGAAURGAGGAAUUGGUUAUGGGAGAGAUGUUUUUAAGACACGGCUCGAAUGGAUGCUACCAGGAGAACCCUUCUUCACUAAUAUUGAUGGCAGAUAUCUCUCUCAUUACUUCAAUGUGUCUGGGAAUGACUCGCAAUGCACUCAUUUUGAUAAUUCUUCACCAAGUCUUCUAAUUUCUGAUGAAGAAGACCAAGUCGUUGGGCUAUCUUUUCCGCCCGAACRUAACACCAAGUCACUUCAAUAUAAGCAAUUUAACAGGCAAAAUGUACGAGGACUUUCUUAUAUAGAAAGAAAUUAUUCGUUGGUAGCUUUUCCAACAUGUAAAUAUGAGCCAAGUCAUAUGAAAAGGAGGAAAUAUAAACGAUAUUCUGGCGUUUAUACCGUUUUUUAUCCAAAGAUUUAUCCUGAUGAUGGAACUGGAAGCGUGAGAUAUACAAAUUUGGAGAAGAAGACGUUUGAUGGGGAUGARCAUUUCAAUGGAGCAGCACUUAUGGACAAGACAGAAGCCGAGUCUGUAGUAACAUCAUUCAUGGGUGGAUAUGAAAAAGUAUUUCCAGGAUAUGAUAUAAAGAAUUAUGAAGUUAUCAAUCGAACUGGAGUAUUUCACAAGACAGCUUCAAUCAAUCUUGCUGCCAUUAGGGUCAGAGAUCCAAAUGGUAUUGUUCUCUUGAUGGACCUCCAUUUACAGCUCAGCCCAGAUAUCUUUGACAAGAUAAGAAAGCACACAUUUCAAGGGAUACUGGCUUUCGCUCCUAUUUUAUUCAGGCUGCAUUCCUGUGGUAGACCAAGAACCAAGCAUGUUUGCCUUAGUGGAUAUUGGGAAUCACUUGGAUUUGGGAUUUUUGCCAUAUACAAGUCAGACUGGGACAACUUCGGAGGAAUGAACGUUAAAGAAUUCACUAACAAGUGGGGAGGAGAAGAUUGGGAAAUGGUAGACAGAGUCCUAUCCAGUGGCAUCGAGAUCGACAAGCAACGAGUUCCAGGGUUUUAUCAUUUCUAUCACGAUAAAAAAGGAAUGUGGAAUAAUUAGAGAACUCCAUUUUUUAUUGGACGAGAACAUGUAUACGUCACGUGAACGAGAGUAAAACUUUCCUCUAGUUUCUCUAGAAGGGAGAAAAUGUGUGAGAUCAUCACAUCUUCACAUUUUGUUCAGAAGAUAACUUAAUAUUCCUGACUGAAAUAAAAAUCAUAGUAUCAUCGACAGUAUGGGGAUUCCGAAAAGAUCGUUUGGAAAUAAAACCAAAAGGGAUGGACCAAGUCUUGAACUCGGAGGAACGCCCGUAAGGAUAGACUGAGACAGAAGUUUGAGAGCGUUUACGCAUUAGAAUAACAAAACCGAUGAACGAAAAAGAGGAGAAGUUCUGAGAAAAUCGAUCAGAAAUAAAACACAACUGAGGGAUGGACCAAGUAUUGACCUUUGAGGAACACCCGCGAUGGGAAUACUGACACAAAAGUUUGAGAUCGUCAUACUAAAGAAGAGCAUUGAUGAACUAGAAGGAAAAGGACCGAGCAGUCGAACUGUUUUUUACUGUUUUUUACGUGUUUUUCACUGUUUUUUACUUUUACUUUUUUUUAUUUUUUGCCCGUAUAUCAUCCAUAUGUCUUUUAUAAAUGUGUAGAAUUAUUUGUAUGAAUUAUUCUUCGAUUGCACGUUACGUCAUCGCGGCCAUGUUGGUGCCAUUUAACGAAAGAUUUCUCAUUAGCAUCCAUUGUUAACUGCACCACAAUGGCCGCCAUGCUUUUGUCUUUUGACUCUCUUGGGAAUGCUUGCAACCCAUCAAUAUGAAUUUCUCAUCGUGCUGUGAUUGGUCGAGCGACCGGUGACUCUGAGACGAUAACUAUUGCUCUUUUUCCCAAAGGCAGAGCGGAAAUUUUACAAAAAGGUUUUAAAAUUAAUCCCGAAUUUCAUCUUAUCUCUGAUAUUCAUAUCUAAGAUUAUGUUUAUUCCCCUCAGGCUCACUGAUGCGGUAAACAUCUCACCAAUAAUCACUUCGCCUUAAAUAAUAAAUAAUUGUUAAUAAAUAUCCGCAUAUUAUCCAUAUAUCAUACAAGGUUUCUAUUUUAAUUUUAAAAUUUUGAUUCUCAUUUCUCGAGGCAUAAGUUCUCUAUAAUACACCUAUUUCAACGUCAGUGUCAUCGCCAAAAUGGAAACGGUUUCGUUGAAUACAAAGAACAUGGAAUCAGUCUCAACGCUAGGGUCCAUGUUCUUGACGAGAAUAAGAAACAGAAACACAAGUCAUUCCAGUUAUUCUUGGAUCUUGGAAUGGCCUAUCUCCUAUCGCCUGUUGCCUAUCGCCUGUUGCCUAUCGCCUGUUGCCUAUCGCCUGUUGCCUAUCGCCUGUUGC